AUGUCAUCUUCACCAGGACGAGCCGCGGCCGCCUUCGCCCAAGCCGCAGCUUUCAUCACCGUCGCAGGGAAGCUCGCCGUUAGCUCGACAUUACGACGUGCUUGGGCGUUGGUUCAAUGGCUCGCCGCACCCUCCGGUACGAUGCUGGUCGGCUGCGACGCCUUGGCUGGCAUCUGA